AUCCAUUUGCCUGUCACAGUCUCUUCGCUCUCAUUCUGCUCCCGUCUACCCGCUCUCUCUUUCUCUUUGUAUCUGUACACUGCAGCGAAGGGAAGGACAGGGCCAUGAGGGCUCAGGCUAAUUCGUGCAGUAGAGUCCAACUAGUGCUCUUCCAGCUUCUACUUUUAGCGGCUCUACAGUUCCACGGAUGCACAUCACAAAGUGUAGUCAUUACUCCAAGUGACACGCAAGUCCUUCAAUUUGAAGAUGAGAUCACGCUCAGUUGUUCAUUGCAACCAGAUGAAGUUAAUGUUAGUUACAGUUGGUUUAAUGUGGAUGAUCCUGAUUUUGAAGAUAACAAUCAGACUCUUAACAUAUCUUAUGAUUUUCCUUCUGACACCAUGGACGGUGGUGGAUAUUUUUGUAACGCAACCCGCCAAAGUGGUCGAACAUUGAUGUCUGAUCUGAUAUACAUCUUUUUUGAACCUUCUUUUUAUUCUGAACCUUCACCCUCGCCCUCACCUGAGUCUAUUCUAGCUACUAUUGGGGAUGCUAAUCUUACAUUAACCUGUAAUGCCACUGGAUUUCCUGCUCCUAAUAUAACAUGGGUCAGACUACCAUCAAACGACCUAAACGAAUCAAUGAUACUAGAUCUGUAUGAUUCCGAUGCACCGGAAACUAUUGACGAUGACAGUAUGAUCAGUUUUUCCACUGAUAGUGACACCGAUAGCUCAUCAAUAUUGACCUUUGAUUCAAUUGAAUACAAUGACUUUGGCCACUAUGCCUGUAUUGCAAUGCAGUCCAAUGAUAGUCUAAUGGGAGAAAUGGAGACUCUUGUUGCAUCUAAUAUCUCAACAGUCACUGUUUCUCCACGAGGCGGUGUAGUAGUUAUUACCCCUAGUAAUCCACUAAUAGUUUCCAGAAAUGAGAAUGCUUCAUUCAAUUGCACUGCUCAAGGUGGACCCAAUAACACAAUAGUGUGGAUAAAAGGGGAAAAUAACUCGUCACUUAGCUUUCGACCUCCUCCUAUUAACGUUUUGAGAACACUUGAAUUAUUUACAGUAAUAGAGUCUGGCCCUAUUUUAACAUUUACCUCUGUUAAUGGAAGUAAUGGUGGUAUAUACACUUGUGUGGUUCUUAAUGAAGCAGGGAUUGAAAGUGAUGCAGUUGAAUUGCGAGUGCGGCCAGAGAUACUAACAAAUCCUAGCAAUAUUUACACUCAAGAUGGAGAAGGUGACGUUUCAUUUGAGUGCUUGGCCGAUUCAUUUCCUAGCCCUCAAUAUCGCUGGGAAAGAUUUAAUGAAACUUUAAAUGAGUUUUACCCAAUCUCCAAUGAAUCAGAGCGAUUCUUGAUGUUUAAUGAGGUAGAGUAUGAAGACAAUGGAAGGUAUAGGUGUGUUGCUACAGCUCCUACGAUAAAUGGGUCUGCGAUUUCUGACGAGGCCGUGUUAACAGUAUCUCCUGAAGGUAGUGUUGAAAUUGAUCCAGCAUUCACCAUAGCAACAAAUGGUAGUACAGUUACAUUCACUUGCUCUGCUAGAGGUGGACCUAACAACACUUUUGUCUGGACUCGUUCUAAUGCCACUGGAUCAAUGGCCAACGAGACUGAACUAAUGAGCCUUGCAGCAAUGAUCCCAAUAGAUGUUGAUGGUUUCCUUGAUUUAGCUGGUCCUCUUAUAAUAGAGAAUGGUACUGAACUUACACUAGAGUAUAUCAACGCUACAAUGGAUGGGAGCAACUACUCGUGUGUAGUUAUCAACGAAGCUGGUUUUGUUGCAGUUGAGACCACACUGUAUGUGGCUCCUAUCAUAACAUUACAUCCACAAGAUCGAUUAGUAACGCAAGGUGAAUAUUUUACACUUUCAUGUUUAGCAGAUGCUUUUCCAUCGCCGACGUACCAGUGGGAGAGGAUGAAUCGUACUAGUGGCAAUUUUGAGGAAAUAUCAGGCGAGAUUUCCUCCGAUUUGAGAUUCAAUAAUGUUGAUUUUGAUGAGUUUGGUAUGUAUCGCUGUGUUGCAAGCUCUGAGGGUAUCACUGAGACAGCAGUAUCAAGAGGAGCACUUGUAACAGUAUCUCCAUAUGGUAGUUUAAAUGCUAUGCCUGAUACUCAAAUAGUCUCCAGAAAUUCUUCCCCUACCUUUACUUGUGAAGCCAGUGGUGGCCCUAAUACAACUCUAGCAUGGAUAAGAGGAAAUGAAGAUAAUAUCGAAUCCACUCAAACACCAAUUGACAUAGACAGUUUCUUUGAUUUCCUGGAUGUCAUAGUCUCUGAGACUGCCCCUUCAUUAGAGUUAUCACUUGAAAAUGUUAAUGGAACUGAUGGUGGAAAUUAUACCUGUAUAGCUGUCAAUGAGGCUGGUUAUGAUAAUGGAACUGUUAGUUUAUUAAUAAUACCAGAAAUACUCACUAAUCCUGAGGAACAAUAUGCAGAAGUUGGAGAUGAUGUUACAUUAAAUUGUUCUGCUGAUUCCUUUCCAGCCCCUAACUAUCAGUGGGAGAUGAUGAAUAGAACCAGUGGGUACUUUGAGCCGUUAGAUGAUGAAACUAGUUACGUAUUAACACUGGAGUCUAUCAGUUAUGAGGAGUAUGGUAUGUACAGGUGUGUAGCUACUGCUGAUGGUAUAGAAGAGAAUGCUACAUCAACUCCAGCACUUGUUACUGUAUCACCACUUGGCAGUGUAGAUGCUACUCCAAUGAAUCGUACUGUAUCCAUUAAUGAUACUGCUAACUUCACAUGUAGAGCUCAAGGUGGACCUGGGAACAUGUUCCGUUGGGUCAAAGGAAUCUUUACUGGUCCUACUUUUAAUGCUCCUCUUGAUGUUGACGAGUUUUUGGAUGAUUUAGAUAAUAUUUCAUUAAGUUACUUUCUCUCAUUUACUGUGAGUGGAGGAGCAGCAGAUGGUGGCUAUUAUACUUGUAUAGUAGUCAAUGAAGCUGGUUAUGAUACUGAUAAUGUUACACUGUAUGUGUCACCAGUAAUAACAUUAAACCCAACGGAUCAAUAUGCUCAUCCAGGAGAUACUGUUACCAUUAGUUGUAUGGCUGACUCCUACCCUCCUCCCACCUAUCAAUGGCAGGUAUUAAACACUGAUACUAAUAUGUAUCAAGAUAUUAAUGGAGAGAUGAUGACCAGUUACACCAUUGAAGACAUUGAUUAUGAUCAGUUUGGUAUGUAUCGCUGUGCAGUAACUACACCAACCAUUAAUGAAAGAAUAUACUCACAACCAGCACUGAUUACUGUAUCCUCCAAUAGCAGUGUCACUAUUGAUCCUGAUUUUGUUAUAGCUGAAAAUGGCUCUAACGUUACAUUCAAUUGUCUUUCCAGAGGAGGCCCUAAUAAUAGAUUCAUAUGGCUAAGACCAUCAGCUCUUGACUCUCUAAUAUCUAACAAUCCUUCAGUUAGCUCACUACUUAAUUCUGAGUCUCCGAUUAAAGUAGAUGACAUUGUCAAUCAGCUAUCAAACAUUACAUUAUCCAAUGAGCCUACUUUUACUCUAUACUCUAUCAAUGCUACUGAAGAUGGUGGUAAUUAUGCUUGCUAUGUGGUGAAUCCUGCUGGAGUGGAGAGCAACACUACGACACUUUAUGUUAUACCAGUCAUCACAGAGGACCCAAGGGAAGCCUUUACUAAUGUCAGUGACACUGUUACAUUAACUUGUCGUGCUGAUUCCUUCCCAGCCCCUAACUAUCAGUGGGAGAUGAUGAAUAGAACCAAUGGGUACUUUGAGCCUUUGACUGGUCAAACUAGUUACGUAUUAACACUGGAGUCUAUCAGUUAUGAGGAGUAUGGUAUGUACAGGUGUGUAGCUACUGCUGAUGGUAUAGAAGAGAAUGCUACAUCAACUCCAGCACUUGUUACUGUAUCACCCCGUGGCAGUGUAGAUGCUACUCCAAUGUAUAGUACAGUAUCUAUUAAUGAUACUGCUAACUUCACAUGUAGAGCUCAAGGUGGACCUGGGAACAUGUUCCGAUGGAUCAAAGGAAACUUUAAUGGUCCUACUUUGACUGCUCCUCUUAAUGUCAGCCAAUUCUUUAAUAGUUUAAGUAUUUUCCGAUCAGGCUACGAACUCUCAUUUAUUGUGAGUGGAGGAGCAGCAGAUGGUGGCUAUUAUACUUGUAUAGUAGUCAAUGAAGCUGGUUAUGCUACUGAUAAUGUUAUGUUGUUUGUGCCACCAGUAAUAACAUUAAACCCAACAGAUCAAUAUGCUCAUCCAGGAGAUACUGUUACUAUUAGUUGUAUGGCUGACUCUUUCCCUCCACCCACCUAUCAAUGGCAGGUAUUAAACACUGAUACUAAUAUGUAUCAAGAUAUUAAUGGAGAGACGAUGACGAAUUUCACCAUUGAAGAGAUUGAUUAUGAUCAGUUUGGUAUGUAUCGCUGUGCAGUAACUACACCAACCAUUAAUCAAAGAAUAUACUCACAACCGGCACUGAUUACUGUAUCUCCUAACAGCAGUGUCAGUAUUGAUCCUGAUUUACACAUUGCUGAUAAUGGUAGUGAUAUUACUUUCACCUGCUCAGCUAAUGGAGGCCCCAACAACACUUUCCUUUGGGUCAGAAGUGAUGAAUUCGAAAAUCUUAUAAGUCUAAGUUCUGUUCUACAAAACCUUCCAUUUCAAAACACCAUUUCAGUACAAGACAUAGUAGACGAACUAUCUACCAUUACUUUAGAAACUGGCACUACUUUUAGCAUAUACAACAUCAAUGCAACGGAAGAUGGAGGUGAAUAUUUAUGUAUAGUCCUUAAUGAAGCCGGCGUUGAUUCAAACAACACACUCCUCCUUGUACGUCCAGUCAUUACAAUACAGCCACAAGAAGUACUCACUGUUGCUAACGUCAGUGUAUCAUUGAACUGCCUUGCUGAUUCUUUCCCAGCCCCUUAUUAUCAAUGGAGAUACACACCUGCUAAUGGAACGUCUCAAUAUGUACCUGGUGCUAAUGAAUCUACACUGGUGUUCCCUUCUAUAAAUUAUGAGGAGUUUGGUUCGUAUGUUUGUAUUGCUGCUGCUGAUGGUAUACAAGAAACUGCUACCUCAGAUACUGCUAUUGUUACUGUGUCUCCAUUGGGUAGUGUGUUCAUUACUCCUCAAGUGAAUAACUCGUUUGAGGAACAAAGUGUAACUCUGGCCUGUGGCGCUCGUGGUGGACCUAACAAUGGCUUCCAAUGGAAUUAUACUAGAACUGGAGCGAUAGUGGGAAUGGAUCCUGAUUAUACAUUAAACACUAGUGUAGAAACUGCUGGAUACUAUCAGUGUAUUGUUAGUAACAGAGCUGGGAGUGAUGAUAAUACUGCUACUGUUAAUGUUGGUCCAGUUAUUACAGUCAAUCCAGUCAGUAUCAAUGUCAGCAUCGAAGUGGAGAAUAUCACAUUAAACUGUACUGCAAGAGGAUUCCCUGUACCUACCAUCACAUGGGCACACAAUGACUCACUGAUUACAUCAACAGAGGAUGAGAUCUUCAUAUACACUAACCCUACAUCAUAUCUACGUACUGUACUAAGUACAAUAGUCAUUAACUCAGCAAUGGCUAAUAACACUGGAGACUAUGUGUGUAUAGCUAGUAGCCCUUUCUAUAAUAGUGUUAACAGUACAGUAGCAUUGGUUCUUGUUCAAGAUGUUCCUGACAUACCAGUUAAUCUCAGUACCUCUGACGUUACCUCUCGUAACCUAACCCUCUCAUGGGACGAACCCCAUCACAACAAUGCUCCUAUCCUUGGAUAUGAUAUUGCAUACACUGAGCCUGAUUUCUUAGGCCGAAGGAACAUAGAACUAACUGUUAAUGGAUCAAUAGAGAUGCUGUUUAUUGAUGGGCUACAUCCAGGGGUAUCUUAUAAUUUUAGUGUCAAUGCAUUCAACGAGGAAGGAGACAGUGGGUUUAGUGAGCCGUUUACUCAACGCACUCUUGAAGAAGUUCCCUUUGGAUUCCCACAGAUCCUCUCAUCCUCCACAAUAAACUCCACUGCAGUUAAUGUCACGUGGAUGCCAGUACCACCAGCACAAAGGAAUGGUAUUAUAACUGGGUAUACAAUAUUCAUCACAACUGAUGUAGAAUUUGUCAACGAUACGACUCAAGAUAUACCAUCAGCAGCUACACUGCAGUACACAUUCACAAGAUUACAAGAAUAUGUUAAUUAUACAUAUACUAUACUGGCUAGGACUGCUAUUGGGGAUGGACCUAUUAGUGAUAGUACUACUAGUCUCACUAAUGAAGCAACUCCUGCAAGUCCACCACAAGAUUUUACCGUCGACAACAUAACCUCAAACACCUUCACACUCUCAUGGUCUCCUCCAAUAGAGCGAGACAUUAAUGGCGUCAUUGAUCUCUACACCAUCAGAUAUUUUAUCACCGAGCAACUAGGAGUGGACCCUGUUGAUCCGUCAAUCAAUGUCCGCAAUGUAUCAGCUACUAGUGUGACAUUGACUGAUCUUGGUAAUUACACAGAAUAUAAUAUAUCGGUCAGUGCAGUUACUGUUGGAGUGGGUCCUAGCUCUUCACUGACUGAGAGGACAGCUGAGAAUGUUCCUGGAGCACCACCACAGAUGGUCACUGUAGUCACUGUUUCCACUACAUCUAUUAAAGUGAACUGGGCCGCUCCUCCAUUAAAUAUGACAUUUGGUAUAAUAACAAGAUAUGAAAUAUUAUAUGGAGAGUAUAACGCUACUACUGGUCAACUUAUAAAUGGCACUGAUCCUAUUAGACAGGUUACUGUAACUAGUAAUACUUUCAUGUAUGUCUUUAAUGGUCUGCAAGAAGCAAGGGAGUAUGGUUUUCAGGUUAGAGCCGUCACUGUUGGCCCGGGUCCUUAUUCAGCUAUAAUGACUAAUACAACGUUCACAGCACCUCCUGCUGCUGCUCCUCAAAACCCAAGGGCUCCUCCUCAGAAUGAUAUAGGGCCUACAUCAGUCACACUAUCCUGGGACCCAAUCCCUGUUGACGAAGCUAAUGGAGAUUUGGAAUACUCAGUUAACAUUAGUGCAGAUGAUCAAGUCUCGAAUACUGGUAACAGGAGGAAGAGACAGAUGCCUCCCACUCUUACUAACUCUCUACAACAAUGUAUUACAGCUGCUGGCACUAGUAAUAUGCUUAAUUAUAUGUUGCCAGGGAAUCAGACCUCACUUACUUUAACUAAUAUUGCUCCGUAUACAGUUUACAGUUUUGAUGUUACUGGUGUCACUUCAGCUGGUAGAGGUCCUACGUCUAAUAGAACAACAUUCAUGACACCUGAAGGAUUUGCAACUGUCCCCCAGGUGCUUACAGUGGUCAAUCAGAGUAAUUCCACUUCGUUAUUAAUAACAUGGUAUCCUCCAGAAUGUUACAAUGGAAUCUUAGAUGGUUAUCAGAUAUUCUACAGAGCAGAACAAUCAGAUGGGGCACUAGGCAACCCUACUUCACCUGUUACAAUUCCUGUAUUAGCCACUACAGCAUCUAAUACUACUCAGUUAACUCAGACAAUAACUGGUUUAACUCCUAAUACUGAGUAUGAGGUUAUAAUAUGUGCUACUAAUGGAGCUGGUUGUGGUCAAAAUGAAACUAUUACUGUACCUACUGCUGAAGCUGCUCCAGAUGCAGUAACAAAUUUAGCUUUACAAAAUGUCCGUGAUACUGAAUCAGUCAUCACUGUAACAUGGAAUCCACCCUCAAAUCGCAAUGGCUCAUUCUUUUAUGAGCUUAGCUACACUGCAACUCAAGACUUCAACUACUUUACUAAUCCCCCUAGAAGAAACAGUACCAGUAGUACAAUAGAGAUACAACAAGGACCUACUAAUACAUCUGUUAUUAUGCCUGUUCUACCAUUCGCUACCUACACCAUCAAUAUUUAUGCUUUUAAUGCGUUUUUUGGUAGAGAUCGCUCCAGCAGUGUGGUGACUGAGCAAAGGAGAACACUACCAACAAAUUCAUCUUCAGUUUAUAAUCUGACUGCCUCAUCACAGACCAGCUCCAGCAUACUGGCAAGAUGGGACGUACCACUUUUACCUAAUGGAAACAUCACACGUUAUGACAUAUACUCCAACAGCUCGGGAACUCCAUUUGGCUCAACAACCUCUUUAUUCUACAUAUUAAAUGGACUCACUACCGGCCGGACUUAUAAUGUAACAGUACGACCAGUCACUGUAUUUGAACAAGAGACACUAUCUGGAGAGAUCUCUAUCAUGAUACGUGUUGUUCUUAAUUCUACGAUACCUUUCGAUGGCACUUUUGUUACUACAGCGACUGCUGAGAGAUCUAUUAGUAGUUUUGAAGUUAAUCUGCCAGCACCAAGUGCUUUUGGAACACAGCCACUCCUGUUCUAUGGUAUCAUAGUAGCCAACCUUGACGAGAGACCCAGCACUAAUCAAGAGUUACAGGUCCAGUAUCCGGACCCAAUGCCUUACUCUGAUGGCAGCGACAGGACCUACUACCUAACUGCCGGCUGGAACUCUGGAAUACCCUCCACGUACACUAUCGGAGAUAAGAGCACUACUUCAGCUACUAGGAAUGGAAGGAGAGAGACGUAUGAGAAUGUCGGGUUGAGCCGAAGGACUUUGUACGAUGUCAUUGUGAUUGUCUAUUUAGAUUCAGGAGUACCUGAUCAACCAUUAAUCAGAUAUGUAAGGAUUUCACAAGUGGAGACUAGACUGGGUUACAAUGAAGGCGCACUGGGAUUCUUUAUGACUCUUAUUAUACUGUUGAUAAUUGGAGCUAUAGUAGCAGUCGUAUUGUUCUUUGUGUACAGAAAAUACAAAUCUGGUAUAUAUUCCCUGGUAAGGAAAGGUCGCGGUGAAACAGAACUUGAGUCCAUCACUAACGGAAAGGGUGGAGGAGGUACGGUAAUAUCCAACGUUCCACCUGAAGACAAUGAUGCAGUUACUGGAAGCAAAUGGAUCAGCACUUCUGAGAAAGGUUAUGUCUCCGUUGGUGAUUUCCCAGCUCAUGUUGCCAACAUGCAUGCAAAUGAUGACUACCUCUUCUCAGUAGAAUAUCCGACUGUUGAGCCCCAGCAUCAUCCAACUAAAGAUGCUACACAACAUCCUGACAAUGCUAUAAAGAACAGAUACGCUAACAUAUCAGCUUAUGAUCAUUCUCGUGUCAAGUUAACAGAAGAUCCUAACGUUCCUGGCUCAGAUUAUAUCAAUGCAAACUACAUUGACGGCUAUAAAAAGGAAAAUGCCUACAUUGCAUCUCAAGGCCCAGUCCCUCACUCUAUUGUUGAUUUCUGGCGUAUGAUCUGGGAGCAGAAGACGGAGACAGUUGUGAUGCUGACAAAUCUUGAGGAGAAAGGAAGAAUCAAAUGUCAUCUCUAUUGGCCUCCACCUGAUAAACGAGUCGUAGUCCACGGUCAAAUACGCAUACAACUACAAGAGGAACUCUCCCUCACGGACUACACCAUUAGGACCUUCUCUCUACAGCACAAAGUCUCUUCAGACGAACGUACAAUCAAGCAGUACCACUUCACCUCUUGGCCUGAUUUCGGAGUACCAGAGCACCCUACGACUCUCCUUAGGUUCAUACACAAAGUGCAGAGGGAGAAUCCAAAGAAUGCAGGACCUGUAGUAGUCCAUUGCAGUGCUGGUGUAGGUCGUACUGGUACAUUUAUUACAAUUUCCUGUCAGAUACAGCAAAUUUUAGACAGGAAGUGUCUCGACAUAUACAACUUUGUACAGUCCAUGAGAUACAGGAGAUGCUUCAUGGUACAAACUGAGGCUCAGUAUAUAUUCAUUCAUGAUGCGCUACUGGAGUAUUUAGAAUGCGGAGAGACUGAAGUCUCGGCUAGAGAAGUGAAGGAACAAUUCCGAUUGCUAAAUGAAGUAUUUGACAAAGAAGAAGGAAAGACCAGAUUAGAAAAGGAGUUUGAUAAUAUUCAAGAGACCAUACACAGAGAGCCAAUAGUUUUCACUGGAACUGCUUCACCAAACAGACACAAGAACAGAUACGCCAACGUAAUACCAUUUGAUAAGACUCGCUGUAAACUCAGUACCAUACCAGGAGUUGAUGGCAGCGAUUAUAUUAAUGCCAACUUUAUUGAGGGUUAUCACAAAGGUAAAGCUUUCAUAGCUACUCAAGGUCCUCUCCCUGAUACCUCUGAUGACUUCUGGCGAAUGGUCUGGGAGCACAAGUCCUCUACUAUCAUAAUGCUGGCUAAUGAGCGAGAGGGAGGGAAGGCAAUGUGUCAUAAGUACUGGCCUGAUUCUGGUACUCAGAUGUACGGAUUCUUUGAGAUUACGCUUCACUCAAUGAAAGAGUACCCAGACUACAUACUCAGAGAAUUCAAGAUAGUCGACAGCAGGGAUGCUGAAGGUAGUAGUCAACAUGUUAAGCAGUUCCAAUACGUCAGUUGGCCCAGCAAGGGUGUACCCGAUUCAGCCAUUGGUCUAUUGGACGUGAGAGAACAAGUAGAGAAAUGGCAGAGGAACUCUGGUGACAAACCAAUAGUGGUACACUGCAGUGGUGGUUGUGGUAGAACUGGUACUUACAUUGCUACGUGUCUCCUGAUCGAUCGACUCAAAACCGAAGGACUUGUAGACGUCUUUCAAGUUGUCCGCGGUCUCCGACUUCAGAGACCAGGGAUGGUCAGAUCAGUGGAUCAAUAUGAGUUUUGCUAUAAAUCAAUACUAGAGUUUCUUGGUUCGUUUGACACUUAUGCUAACUUCAGCUUAUAAAAGUGAACAAUUAUUAUUAUUAUUAAUAUCUAAUAAUUUAAUUUACGUAAUUACUGGUCUUCAAUACAUGUUUAAUUAUUUUUAGCUCUUCUUUCACUGUUUUUUAUGUGCCUGUGUAGAUUUUUAAACGACGUUAAUUUAUUGAUUGAAUGAUACGACUAUUAUUAUUAUUAUAACAUUUUUAAUAUCAUAUUUUAUUGUUUUUUGUGUCUAGAUUUUAUCAAACCAUGUAUUGUGUGUUUUUAUUUAAAAAGAAAAUUAUUAUUGACCAACUAA